AAUUGUGACACAAUACUCGGGGAUGAGCACGCAGCGAAAUUAGUCUGCGCAUCUCUCACUCUUUCAGUUAUUUUACGCCGCUGCACGGUCCCCUCUCCUCUCCCAUCUUCUGGCGCCGACCUUCGACCUUGGUCAAGCCCCCUCUGGUCUCUGCUUUCCUGCUACCGACGAAAAUCAACAUCUGUUCUACCUGCUGUGCUCCUGUUCUCGUCGGUUCAAGGUUAUGCCGUGAAGCCUGUAUUAUUUUCAUGCCAUGACAUUCAUAUCAGGAUUUACAUUAUUACAUAUACGUGUUAAUGCUGUGAAGUGAUGUGAUGCCGAAUGUUUUGAACUUUAAGCUUUGUUUAUCUGAUUUGCUUACUCAGUGUUGUGUUAUGUUUGGUUUGUAAAAUUUUCCCUAGAAAUAUCUCAAUGAUGUUACUGAAACCCUUUAUUUGGGCAUUUACAUUAGAAGAUAUGUCUUCAGCAUUAUAUAUUGACCUUUUCCUCCCUCUCUCACGUUCUCGUCUCUGGCAAACUCCAAAGCUCAAAUCCUCAAACUUAUUUCAGCAUAAAUAAUCCCCUUCCACGCAGUAAAAAUAGCAGAACUGAAAGCAAGAUCCUCUCAAUGGUAGAAGAAACUAAAACUUACAGGUAUAAUGAAUCAAGAGCCAAGGGAGUAGACAAGAAAGGUCAUCCCCAGAAGUUUCAGUUGAGCGGUCGUACUGUUCAUAAUCCCAAUACAACUGCCUAUGUUCAGGUUUUGGGGACUGGAAUGGAUACUCAUGAUACGUUGCCUUCUAUUUUGCUUUUCUUUGAUAAGCAAAGGUUCAUCUUCAAUGCUGGAGAGGGGUUACAAAGAUUUUGUGCAGAGCAUAAGAUUAAACUAUCUAAGAUUGAUCACAUAUGUCUCUCUCGUGUUUGCUCAGAGACAGCUGGUGGACUUCCAGGCCUGCUUUUGACUUUGGCUGGAAUGGGCAAUGGAUUGUCUGUCAAUAUAUGGGGUCCUCCAAGCCUUGAGUUAUUGAUUAAUGCAAUGAAAUCUUUCAUCCCACAUGGUUCCGUGGUUAAUGCAAAGGAAAUUGGUCUAACUACCUGUUCUAGCUCUGCAGCUCUGCUGGAUACAAGCAACUCUGCAGAACCCUUUGUUGUUGUUGAAAAUGAACUUGUCAAAAUAUCAGCUAUUCUCUUGCUGCCAAGUUCUUUGGAAGGAGCUGGCAAAAAGCCUAGUGAUAUUUCCGUGAUAUAUGUCUGCGAGUUGCAUGAAAUUUUGGGGAAAUUUGACAAAGAAAAAGCUGAUGCUCUUGGUCUAAAAGAAAGGAAAAAAUAUGGAUUAUUGCAAAAAGGAGAAUGUGUUAAGUCAGAUUGUCUAGAUAUCAUGGUUCAUCCAAGUGAUGUAAUGGACCCACCUAUUCCAGGUCCAGUUGUAUUUAUUGUAGACUGCCCUACAAAUUCUCAUGCAAAAGAGCUAUUGUCCAUACAAACUCUCAAUGGUUAUUAUCCAGAUUUUGUGGGCAACUCCCCAAAGAGCAGCAAAGCUGUAAAUUGCAUCAUUCAUUUAACUCCUCCUCCUGUCAUAAAUAGUCCUAAUUAUGAGAAAUGGAUGAAGAAGUUCCCUACAGUCCAACAUAUUAUGGCUGGACAUUCAAUGAAGCAUGUGGAGAUUCCAAUCCUAAAAUCUAGUACAAGAAUGGCAGCACGGCUUAAUUACUUGUGUCCUCAGUUCUUUCCAGUACCUGCUGUUGGGUCUUUUCAGCAACAUAAUGAUGCUGCACAAGGCUCCAUAACUUCAAGUGAGGUUCUUAUUUCGCAACUUUGUGAAAGUACCUCUGCCGAAAAUCUAAUGAAGUUCACUUUGCGCCCUCAUAAUCAUCUUGGAUUGGACAAAUCUAAUGUUCCAAGUCUGAUGGCUCCCUCAGAAGUCAUUGAUGAGUUACUGUCAGAGAAUCCAGAGAUUGUAGAUGCUGCCCAGCUUGUCAGCCAAUUCUGGAGCGAGCCUGGAGAAAUGGAGGAUACUUCCAUCACAGAUGAUACAACUAUAUCUGAAAAGCCAUUGUUGGAUGGGAAUACUGUGCCUAGUUUCCUGCAAAAUAUACGAAGAGAUGAUUUGGAGAUUGUUCUGCUUGGCACUGGUUCAUCCCAGCCUUCCAAAUAUCGAAACGUUAGUUCCAUCUACAUUAAUCUUUUCUCAAAAGGAAGUUUGCUUCUUGAUUGUGGGGAAGGAACUCUGGCACAAUUAAAAAGAAGAUAUGGCAUGGAGGGUGCGGAAAAUGCUGUGAGAAAUCUAAGAUGCAUUUGGAUUUCACAUAUCCAUGCUGAUCAUCAUGCAGGUAUAGCAAGGAUACUUGCUUUAAGGCGGGAUUUGUUGAAGGGAGUGCCCCAUGAACGACUACUUGUUAUAGGGCCAAUGCAGCUUGAAUUGUUUCUAGAUGCAUACCAAAGACUUGAAGAUCUAGAUAUGCAGUUCCUUGAUUGCAGAAGCACUAUGGAUACUUCAUGGAAUGCUUUGGAAUGUGAUGCUGAAUCAAAAAGUAAUCAAUUCUUUGCUGGAAGCUCGACAAAUUCUGAAGAUCUUAAUGAUAAAAAUAAAAAUCAUAUGGGGUCAACCUUAUUUGCAGGUGAAAGCUGCCUGCAGGGCUGUUCUAAGAGAAUGAAACUUAGUAUGCCAGUUGAGAACGACUCAUUACUAAGGAGCUUGAGAAAUGUGCUGUGGGGAGCAGGGCUGGAGGGACUGAUUAGUUUUCCUGUUGUGCACUGUCCCGAGGCAUUUGGUGUCGUACUAAAAGCAGCAGAGAGAACAAACGCUGUUGGAGAGAUAAUACAAGGGUGGAAGAUUGUGUACUCUGGUGACACUAGGCCAUGCUCAGAAGUGAUAGAAGCAUCCCAUGGAGCAACAGUUCUCAUACACGAGGCAACAUUCGAGGAUUGCAUGGUGGAUGAAGCUGUAGAAAAAAACCACAGCACAACUAAGGAAGCCAUAGAGGUGGGAGAUUCUGCUGGUGCAUAUCGCGUCAUCCUAACCCACUUCAGCCAAAGAUACCCGAAAAUCCCUGCAUUGGAUGAAAUAAGCAUGAAGAAAACUUGCAUAGCUUUUGACCUCAUGAGUGUUAAUAUAGCCGAUUUACCCAUGCUGCCUAAAAUUCUUCCAUACCUGAAAUUGCUUUUCAGAACGGAUAUAGCUUCGUAGUUUUUGCUAAAUUAUCUUUUCAGAAAUAUAUAGUUAUUUUUUUAUGAAGUUUUUAGUUUAAUUGUGUUGCUCUAACAUGUUUGGCAUUUUAACCGUUUGUUGUCAUUUUUUGCUUAUUAGAAUGAAUCAAUUCUUAUUGAGCUAGGCCACCAGCAGCAUUUAUAUUUUA